CAGAAAACCUAAAACAAAUAACUAAUUGGUCGUGAUGCCUUCGCAGCCUCGCAGGUAACUCUAUCAAUACUCGAGAAGCACCAUAGGGUUUUAGCUUUCUUCUUCUCAACAACAGAGGGUUUUAGCUUGGGCUUUGAAGAGGAUAUACAGAGAGCCACGAGAGUGUAAAACCAUAAGGUAAGAAUUUCCAAGCCCUGACCUUUUCAUUUUGAAUUCAAUGUUUCACAUUCAUCGCAGUAGACUCUACCCUAGAAAUCUUUAUACCCUCACCAAAAACCAUAGCUCCAGGUCUUCAUUUCUAACCCCCAAUGUCCAAAACUCUAAUUCACACACAAAUGCAGCAGUUAAUAGUUUGAAUAAGUUCAGUUUUUUCAGUGCUCUAAUGGGUCUCAAUUCAAUUUCCCCAAAGGUAUCCCCAUCAAAAAGCCCCAAUUUGGUUAGUAACGGAGGUCAUGUUAAAGCCAAUAGCUUUGUGAGAAAUUACUGUGCUGGAAAGAAUGGUGAAGCUGGGUCUGGUGAAUGGACUGAGGAUAUAGAAUAUUUAGAUGAGUCAGGGAGUGUUAUUUAUAGUGGUAAAGGUAUAAGGUCAGUUGAGCCGGGAGUUGAUGACCAUGUUAUGAUUGGUGGGCUAAAGAAGCCGAUUUUGAAUGCUUCUGCCGUUGCAAAGAUAGUUGAGGUUGUUAAGAGGUGGAAAUGGGGGCCAGAAUUGGAGACCCAAUUGGACAAGUUACAGUUCGUGCCAAAUAUGACUCAUGUAGUUCAAGCUUUGAAGAUUAUUAAUGAGAGUGAUGCGUUGUUGAGUUUGUUCAAAUGGGCUAAGAGGCAAACUUGGUAUGUGCCAAAUGAUGAGUGUUAUGUGAUGUUGUUUGAUGGGUUGAAUCAAAGUAGAGAUUUUGAUGGGAUUCAGUCUUUGUUUGAUGAGAUGGUUUGUGAUUCAAUCAAGAGUGCAACUCAAUUUAGUGCUUAUAACAGGGUACUCAAGUAUUUGGCUAAGGCAGAGAAGUUGGAGGUGUCAUUUUGUUGUUUCAAGAAGGUUCAGGAUUCAGGCUGUAAAAUUGAUACAGAAACGUAUAAUAUACUCAUGAAGUUGUUUUUGAAUAAGGGCUUGCCAUAUAAGGCAUUUGAGAUAUAUGAGACCAUGGAAGCAGCCCAUUGUUCAUUGGAUGUCUCAACUUAUGAGCUGAUGAUACCAAGCUUGGCAAAAUCAGGUCGUUUGGAUGCUGCUUUUAAGCUUUUCCAAGAGAUGAAAGAAAGGAACUUUCGCCCAAGCCUUGGAAUUUUUUCCUCGCUUGUUGACUCAAUGGGGAAAGCAGGGAGGUUGGAGACAUCGAUGAAGGUUUACAUGGAAAUGCAAGGUUUAGGGCUCAGGCCAUCUGCUAUCAUGUAUGUUUCCUUGAUUGAGUCGUACACCAAGGCUGGGAAAUUGGAUGCUGCUCUCAGGCUUUGGGAUGAGAUGAAGAUAGCUGGCUUUAGGCCUAACUUUGGGUUGUAUACAUUAAUAAUCGAAUCACAUGCUAAGUCAGGGAAGCUCGAUAUUGCAAUGUCCAUCUUUCGAGAUAUGGAGAAGGCUGGAUUUCUACCCACCCCAUCCACCUAUUCAUCUCUUCUUGAAAUGCAUGCUGCUUCUGGACAAGUAGAUGCUGCUAUGAAGCUGUACAAUUCGAUGACCAAUGCAGGUUUGAGGCCAGGUUUGAGCACAUACACUGCCCUUUUGACUCUCUUGGCUCAUAAGAAGCUUGUGGAUGUGGCUGCCAAAAUUUUACUUGAGAUGAAGGCUAUGGGAUUUUCUGUUGAUGUGAGUGCCAGUGAUGUUUUAAUGGUUUACAUUAAGGAUGGUUCUGUUGAUCUUUCUUUGAGGUGGCUGCGUUUCAUGAGUUCAUCAGGGAUAAGAACGAAUAAUUUUAUAAUCAGGCAGUUAUUUGAGUCUUGCAUGAAGAAUGGUUUAUAUGAAUCAGCCAAGCCUCUCCUAGAGACUUAUGUGAACUCUGCUGCAAAAGUGGAUCUCAUACUUUACACAUCAAUUCUUGCCUAUCUUGUUCGAUGCCAAGAAGAGCAGAAUGAGAGGCAUCUGAUGGCAAUCCUUAGUGCUACGAGACAUAAGGCGCAUGCUUUUAUGUGCGGGCUCUUCACUGGCCCGGAACAGAGGAAACAACCAGUUUUAUCCUUUGUGAGGGAGUUUUUUCAGGGCAUUGAUUAUGAGUUGGAAGAGGGAGCUGCAAAGUAUUUUGUGAAUGUUCUGCUCAAUUACCUUGUUCUCAUGGGGCAGAUAAACCGAGCCCGAUGUGUUUGGAAAGUUGCUUAUGAGAAUAAGCUUUUUCCAAAAGCUAUUGUGUUUGAUCAGCAUAUUGCUUGGUCCCUUGAUGUCAGGAACCUGUCUGUGGGAGCUGCCCUUGUAGCGGUUGUGCAUACUCUCCAUAGGUUCAGAAAGCGCAUGCUGUACUAUGGCGUCAUACCAAGGCGGAUCAAAUUGGUUACAGGACCAACUCUACGGAUUGUUGUUGCGCAGAUGUUGAGCUCCGUGGAAUCCCCAUUUGAAGUUAGCAAGGUGGUUCUAAGGGCCCCUGGCGACUCUGUUAUGGAGUGGUUCAAGAAACCAAUUGUUCAGCAAUUUCUUUUGAACGAGAUUCCCUCAAGGGCAGACAUACUCAUGCACAGGCUAAACAUACUUUUUCCUACUUCUGCACCUGAAAUUAGAUCACUGUCCCCUCCGAAACCACUAAUUUCUGCGAAGGCUGUGUAAUUAGCUAUGAUAUUUGAGAUCAUUUCCAGGUGAUGUACUUGCACAUGUUGCUAUAAACCAAGAUACGGCCUUUGAUCAUCGUUUUCUCCACCCAGGUCCUGUGGAGUUACUUUGCAAACUGAUAGUUUGAAAUUCUUAUUCUAAGCCAAAACAAUUAAAUCUC